CUCAGCCUUCCCCAGGGCUGGGGCUCACCUAAUCCCCACAGUGGGAGUCGGGGGCAUCCACGCCUGUGCCGAGGUCUAGGGUUGCACAGUGGUGAUUUCACACUCUGUAGCAUGUGCAGCUGAGGCAGGCAGCGAGGUCAGCUUGGCAGCCGCUCCCUCUUCAGCCUGGAUCUGGCCUCAGGCAGCCGGUGCCCCCGGACCGAGGAAGGGAUGGCAGAACAAGAAGGCAGUGGGCUGCAGGUCCUGCUGAGUACGCUUCAGAGCUCCUCAGACAAGGCAGCCAUCCUGACCAUCCUUCAGCUCCUUGGAGAUCUGCUUUCUGUGGGGACAGACCGGAGGAUUCACUACAUGAUCAACAAGGGUGGAAGUGAAGCCCUCCUGAAGACCCUCGUGGAUACUUCGAGGACAGCUUCUCCUGACUAUGACAUUCUUCUGCCUCUUUUCAGGCUGCUGGCCAAAGUGGGUCUCAGAGAUAAAAAGUUUGGGCAGAAGGCACUAGAAUUGGAAGCACUUGACGUGACACUGAUCCUGACCAGGAAAAACCUGUCCCACAGCCAGAACCUCCUGCACUGUCUCUGGGCUCUGCGUGUGUUCGCCUCCAGUGCCACAACAGGAGCCAUGCUGGGGAUUAAUGGAGCAAUGGAACUGCUUUUCAAGGUCAUUACUCCUUAUACCCGAAAGCGCACACGAACAAUCAGGGCAGCCACUGAAGUUUUGGCAGUAUUGCUGAAAUCCAGGUCAAACAGCCGCAGGGCAGUGAACAGAGGGUAUGUCACCAGCUUGCUCAGGCUACAUCAAGACUGGCACAGCCGUGACACAACCAACACCUAUGUGCUUAUCCGCCGGGGGCUUCUGCUCUGCCUCAAGCGGAUCGUCACCCUCUCGUCUGGCAGGGAGGCCUUCCUGGCGGCCCAGGGCAUGGAGACCCUCUUCAGCAUCACACAGAACUGCCUGGACAACGAAAGCAUGGAGCCUGUCAUCUCAGCCGUGUUUCAGAUCCUGAGGCAGUGCUACCCGAAGAGUCCCCUUCCCUUGGUCACAGCCUGCAGUGCCUAUGCCUUCCCAGUCCCUGGGAACAUCCACUCUGUACCCCCCUGUGCUGCUACUGAAGAGGAUUUUGAAGAUGAAGGUGAUGAGAUGGAUAAAGACUCAGAUUUGGAAGAUGCGAAAGAGCAAGAUGAUGACUUGGAAACUGACAUGGAAAAGCUGAGCUUCAAGCCUGGUCUUGACAGACCUGAAGAGGAACUGAAGCAAUAUGAGGCCAUGUGUCUUGAGCUCUCUUAUGGCUUUAAGGAACUGGAGCCCAAACUUGGACAUGAUUUGAACUUUGAAGACAUUCAGUCUGCCAAUCGCGACCACAUUCCAACUGCUGCCUCCCCAAAGCAGCACUGCAUGCAUAAGGACCAAAUCUCCUGCGGAAAGGAAAGAGAAGACACAGUCCAGGCUUCUGUUCUGAGCGUGGUGAAGAUGGGUAGAUCUGCCGCACAUCUGUCCUCCAAAACAAGGCUUGUCAUGAACACAUACCAAAAUGCGCCCCCUAAUGGUCUUGGGAUAGAUUCUCUUGGAAAUGAUAUCUCUGAUGUUCACCAUUUUCUGGAAGAGGACCUAGAAGCCUUUUCUUGCCCAAGGUUGAAUGCCUCCUUUUCCAAUUCCACAAGGCCCAGAGACACUGUUGACGUAAUUGAUAAACUUCUGCACACACAUGCCAAGAAUAUUCCUUUCCAUGACCCCUAUCUUUACAUGGCCAAAGCCAGAAGAACCAAGUCUGUGGUGGAUUUCAAGAUGCUGGCAUUUCCUGAUCUCUGGGGACACUGUCCACCUCCCUUUUCCCAGUCCAUGUUGGGCCGCAAAUGUGGAGUUCAAAGGAUCAAGAUAUCUGAGGAUGUCCGGAGGCUCAUCCAGCCCAGCGAUGUUAUAAACAGAGUCGUGUUUAGUUUAGACGAGCCUUGGCCUUUACCAGACAAGGCUUCCAAUUGCCUAAGGUUCUUCUCUAAGUUCGAGUCAGGAAAUCUUCGCAAAGCCAUCCAAGUGCGUGAGUUUGAGUACGACCUGCUGGUCAAUGCCGAUGUGAACAGUGCCCAGCACCAGCAGUGGUUCUACUUCAAGGUGAGCGGCAUGAGGGCUGCCAUCCCUUACCGCUUCAACAUCAUCAACUGUGAGAAGCCCAACAGUCAGUUCAAUUAUGGGAUGCAGCCGACCCUAUAUUCUGUGAGGGAGGCCCUUCUUGGCAGAUCCUCCUGGAUACGGACAGGACAUGACAUCUGUUAUUACAAAAAUCAUUAUCGACAGAGUGCAGCUGUCAUGGGCGGAGCAUCUGGGAAGUGCUAUUACACCCUCACCUUCGCUGUCACCUUCCCACACAGUGAGGAUGUCUGCUACCUGGCCUACCACUAUCCCUACACAUACACGGCCCUCAUGACUCACCUUGAGAUCCUGGAAAAAAGCAUCAAUCCCAGAGAAAUCUACUUCCGGCAGGAAAUUCUCUGCCAGACACUGGCUGGGAAUCCAUGUCCACUGGUUACCAUCACAGCCACGCCAGACUCUAAUAGCGCUGACAAUCUGGAGCAGUUCCGACACCGCCCCUAUCACGUGAUCACUGCCCGAGCUCACCCUGGAGAGAGCAAUGCCAGUUGGGUGAUGAAGGGCACCUUGGAGUUCCUCAUCAGCAAUGACCCUGUGGCAAGGCUCUUGAGGGAAAACUUCAUUUUCAAGAUCAUCCCCAUGCUAAAUCCAGAUGGAGUCAUCAAUGGCAAUCACAGAUGCUCCCUGAGAGGGGAAGAUUUGAACAGACAGUGGCUCUCUCCCAAAGCCCACCUCCAGCCAACGAUUUACCACGCCAAAGGACUCCUCCACUACCUGAGCAGCACUGGUCGGGGGCCUGUGGUCUUCUGUGAUUUUCACGGUCACUCCCAAAAGAAGAAUGUGUUCAUUUAUGGCUGCAGCAUCAAGGAAACCUUGUGGCAAGCAAACUGUACCGUGGGCGCAUCCGCUCUCUUGGAGGACGUCAGUUACAGGACUCUUCCCAAAAUUCUUGAUAAGCUAGCACCUGCGUUCACAAUGAGCAGCUGCAGCUUUCUUGUGGAGAAAUCCCGAGCCUCCACUGCCCGGGUGGUGGUGUGGAGAGAGAUGGGCGUGUCUAGAAGCUACACCAUGGAGAGCAGCUACUGUGGCUGCAACCAGGGCCCCUACAAGGGUCUACAGUUCGGUACCAGUGAGCUGGAGGAGAUGGGAGCCAUGUUCUGCUUGGGCCUCCUCAUCUUGGAACUCAAAUCUGGAAGCUGCAGCCAUCAACUCCUGACUCGAGCCUCAGCCCUUCUGAAUGCUGGAGAAGAUGCUCUGGACCACCAUCUUCAGCGGUGCAGCAGGAACAACAACACAGAACUCGACGACGAGCCGGCCUGCAUGGAGGAGGUUGACUACAAUUCAGAUGGCAGCUCAGACCAGGAAGGGAGCAUUGCUGAGUUAGACCGGCAGAUCCAGGAGUGUACCUUCAAUCAGGAUGAGGGAGAAGAAGAGGAGGGUACAGAGCAGAGCAGAAACACUGUCCUGUAGUCCUGAAGUUCAUGGAACAUUCUGUUUGCAGACACUGGACUCAGACACACACAGUGUGAAACGGCUGGUCUGUGUGAGGUUCUGAUUUUGUUCUAGCUCCCUUUGCAUAAAAUCUGGGUACUUCAUGAUUGUAACAUUUUUCUACACUGCUGUACUGCCUAUGCAUGUUGCCAUUGCAAUUAGAAUGGGACCCCAUAGUACAGGAUUUCCACGGGGCCUCUCCACCCAACAUUGAGCUCUCCUGUAUUUCCAUGCUUGAAGCUGAAGCCAACUGCAAACAGAGGGGUGGGGCUUUCUUCCUGGCUUCUCAGCCAUAGCUCUAUGUGACUUUCCAUACAUGAGUGCUACGUCUACCAUAGCAUGUGAGCUUUCUAGAACGAAUGUGAGCCUCACUGAAACUCUGAGGGUUCUGGAAGGGCCAGAAGGUACUGGAUGAUUGAACAUAAAAGGCUGUGCAGUCAAGUAAUUGCGAGUGUCAUCCUUCAGGUCUGUAAUAGUAUAGGUUUUAUGGAUUUAGUACAGGCCAGAAUAGAUUCUAGGGAAUAAAAGAUGGUCACUGGUCCUCACAAAUUUCAAAACCCUGCAUAUUCAGUCCAUUAAACCUGUGCUGGAAGACAGCAUAGUACACUGGAAAAUGCAUUCACUUCAGAAUCAGACAGACAGAUGAGGCUCAUAUCCUGAAUCUGGCAUUACUUAUUAUGAAAUCUUAGGCAAGUAAUUAGAUCUCUCCAAAUUUCAGGGUUUUUAUACUCUCAAUAAGAAUGAGUGUCUAUAUACCAUGAAGUUACCCUAAAGAUGAACAGAAUAUAAAAGUGUGCAGUUUGGCAUAUGCUGCAAAAUAGUGUUGGCUUUUUCCCCUCCACAAGACAAAGAAUUCUAUGUAAGUAUUCCCACCGUUACAAAAAAUGUUCUCUUGGGCCAUAUGAUUAAGAGAUAUUCUUACUGGAAGGAAUCUGGAAAGGAAGUUACAUGGGGGAAGAGCCUAGGAGACUGAAUGCCUUCAGAGCCUUUCUGUGUGUAGUGGGAAGCAGCUCAGAGGCAUGACUGGUGAGGUCAGGAAGGCAGAUAGACAUUGGGAGGUGAUAUGAAGAAUGUGUGCUAAGGCUAAUAGGGGUGUACUCAAUGUCAUAUGUAUUUAACCAAAAUUAGAUUUAGAUAUUUAGAGAUGGAAAAUUCAAAAUACUAGUAGCUUUGUCAAGAUAUAAGUUUUCUUUCAUGUAUCACUUCUUGGCCUUUUGGCUAAGAUCAAGUGUAGUUUUCUUUCAUGUAGAAUUUCACAUGUAUGUCCAGAGGCCAGAGCUGGUAUCAUGGCUGCAUGAUGACAGGAACCCAAUUUCUAGUCCUCUAGCUCUACUGUGUGUUGCUUCUACUCCUGACCUAGCAUUCCUGGAACAGCAUCAGCUUUUCUCUCUGCAACUCAGACAGAAGCAAAAAGGAUACCCCCAAACCGGGCAUGAUUCCUACUUUUCGAAAGACUAUACACGGUAUUUGCCCUUGAUCCCACCAGCCAGAAAGUAGUCCUAUGGCCAAAAGUAACUGCAGGAGAGAUUGGAAAAUAUAGUCUUUAUCUGAGAUGGACCCAGUUGAAAUUUAAAGUUUUAAUGCUAAGGGAAAGGCAAAUAAAAUAGUGCAUAUUGGGUGAUCAUAUAUCUUAAAAAGAGAUUUUGCCUGAUAUACCAUUGACCACCCAGAGAGUUUUGGAAAAAUUCAAAUAAUUCCAGAGAAAACAUGCAGUGUUCUGUUCCUCUUGAUUAGCAGAAAAAUGCUGAUCAAAAUCUUGCCACAGUUUAAACAUAAGAUAUAAUAAAAAGGCAUACGUGUUGUGAUUUAGGGAAUUGAUAUCAUUAUUGAUAAUCUUUUCUGUCUCCAACUAUUUUACAAAUUUUCUUCCUGCAGCCCAGAAAUUUCAGAGCAAUGCUUCAUAUUAAGACAAUCACAUUUCCAUGGCAUAUGUAAGAAGUUUAAAGGAAAUAACAAGACACUGAAUUCAGAUUCUAAACUAACAGCAUCCCUUAACUGUUCCCACAUACAUUUUUGCCAAUGUUAAAUAGAGGAAUGCAUAAUUCUCCUGUUUCUCCGCUGCUUUAAGGAGUCAAGGAAAUAAUACUGCUGAAAUGUAGAUGCGGGGGAAGGGGUAGGAGCAAUACUAACUCAUUGUCCACAAUUAAUACCUCAGCCCAAAUUAAUUUUUGCAUGCUCAUGAGAAAAAGGGACAGUAACAGCUAAGUUUCAAUGAGGAAACUUUUGAAAAAAUCAGGGACUUGUAAUAUUAUAUUAUAAAAUAAUAUUGGUCUAUCUAUACAACAAAAGUAAACUAAUUGUCCACUGUGUGUCCUGCACUUUAUUAAUUCAUACAAAAUUUACUGUGGACUCAAGUUACUGUAACUUGAUAAGAAUAGUUAACAUUUUAAUUUAGUACAGGGACAUAUAGCUAUGUGAAGGAUAAUAUGGAGCUAUGUAAAGGAUAAUAUGCAAAACAUUUAAGAUUUCAUUGAUAAAAGUCAGCUACAAGAAAUUUCAAGUAGUUGUCACUUAGAAAAUUUAGUUGUGCAUGAGUCUACAGGUAAAACGUGGGGAAAUACAUGCUAAGAAAUAGAGAGAGCUGAGAAAUAGAGACCUGUAGUGAAGUUUAGAUGUGGACUAAAACGUUCAGUGUUACUGGUUAAAGGAUACAUUUGCAUAUUGAGAAAGGAGGAAAGUAACAAGAGAUUAAAUAGAAAAACUAGAUAACAGUCAGAUUUAAUAAUAUUAGUUGUGCCCUGAUGAAGGGACUAAACUUAAUUCUGAAUGUGACAGGGGAGAUCUACAAGACUUUCCAGCAGAGAUGUGUCAAGAACUGGGCUCAACACCAGCAUGUAUGCUUCAGUACCGUAGUCCCAACCUGCUCAUGCCCUACAGUUUGGCAUUUGUGCGGGGGUUGGUUGUUCACCAGCGUGAGGCUAUCCCAGGCUGUGAUAUUAUGACAUUUGAAGAACAGAAUAUUUGCAGUGAGGUGAAGAUUAUGGGUGCCACUUGGGGCCAUGCUGACUGUUGGAAACCAACAAGAUGCUGAACUGGAAAGGACCCCAACAAGCUGCAGGUACAUCAGGAAAUGGAAGCAGAAGAAGUUUAUCUACAGAAGCCUGCUUUUAUUGUCCCCUCCUGGCACACAUACUACUUGUUGAGUCACACAACACCCUAAGUAUACCUCCUUGAUUUAUUAAACCAUCUCACAUAUUUCCCUUGUCUCUGAUCAGCUUCUCCUCUUCCAUGACCCUAUGUGGGGCAAUCAAAACCAGUUCAGAUUCACCUUUGUCCCAUAGAACCUGUUCUACACACCCAAGCCAAGUUACAUAACCUGUGCACCAUUGCAGUAUUUAUACAUUUAUUUUGCGGCACAUUUACCAUUUCCAACUUGACUUAUAUGCUUUGUAUACCCUCACCUCAGGCAGUAUUGAGUAGUGAGCUCUAAAAUGCAUGAGCCUGCUGUUAGUUUUGCAUCUCUCAUUGCAUGGAGCAGACUUUUUGACAUGUUGAAGGUGUUCACGGAAAUGUGUUCCCCUACUUGACCUCUAGCUUCCAAACCAGACAUUUAACAUCUUAAGGAAAUCUCAUAUAUUUCUUUGAAUUUCUUUGAUUUUCCAUCUUCAAUCAGAGUUGGUGCUACAUGAAAGAAAAAUAGUUUCACUAAAAGGGCAUCUUAUAAAGGCAUAGUGCCUCUCCAGCAGGCUGUUGCCAUGGAAGACAGCUUCCAGGGUGAGGCAUGCUUGCGAAGGAGCCUGGUGGCCUUGUCUUCACCUGUAUAAAGCAAACAUUUAGACACAGCAGUGACAAUGGAAGGACAGCAUCUCUGUGUUUCCCUGCUGGCUGGAGCAUGUAUCCAGGUGCUCUGGACCACGCGCUCACUUCGGCAGGAACUGGCUGUGCAGCUCAGGGUGCUUUGUGCCAGCUUGGCUGCCUGCACGCUUCUUGCAGUCCCAUCGGUGAGUAUCAGCAUCCAAGAAUUCCAUUCACUGGCUCCGGGUUCUUCUAAGCCUCCAGAAAAAGAAUUGACAGCCACAAAGAACGUGUGAGACUGACCUGACCCCUGAGUUCCAAGCUCACAUCGAGGGCUGCCAACACCAGAAGGUCACAUUAAAUCCUUAACAGGGGGAGAAAUUCACAUGUGCAGCUUCCGUUUAUCAGCCUGGAAAACUUAGCUGUGGAGUUGAUUUCAUAUUCCAAGAGGAGCCUCUGCCACAUGACAAGAAAAGAGGUUUCUAUGGAAUGCCUGCCAUGUCAUCUCGUUAGGAACUCAGCACAGUGACCUACGCGGUGGGUCUGACCAUUUGGGUUAGCGUUAGUGAUGGAUUUAUUUUGUACUGCUGGUACUCUUCACUCUGGCUCCCAAAAGCUUGCAUCUUAGAAAGACACAUAGACAGUAGCAUGCUACUCACCACCAGAGUUUUUUGGACAACAAUAACUCCUCAGUUCUGGAGUUGCUGCUCUCUGCCCCACAGAGGUCCUCUUUUGUUUGUGUUGCAAACUGGCUUCAUGCAUGCCCACCUGAUUCUUGAUUAAAAAAAAAAAAAGUAUUAUCUAAAUAAAAGUGAGUGUUAAGAAAGGACUUUGAAAAUAAAAGUGGGUUGGCUUGAAUCCUUUCAGUGGCUAAUAAUAAAAUAACUUAAUAACUAAUAAUAUAAAACAUUUGUUACAUAUGUGCCAACAUAGGCUGAAAUCCCUACCACACCCUACCAACACACACACACAUGCACACACACAGAAAGUGAGAGAAAGACAGAAAGAGAAAGAGAGAGAGAGAGAGGGCAAGUAUGGGGAUUAAGGAAAACAAUAAAGGAUGACAGAAGUUUUAUCAUCAGUCACACAUUUAUAAAGGCCGGAGGUGGCUAGGGAUGAUUUUAGGCCAUCCUCUCACACAGAAACAGAUAGAGAUCUUCCAGGUAUAAGGAAAGGUUCAUCUCUCAUUAUUAUGUCACAAACUGGUCUCCAAAUGUUUUGUGUAUUUCAGGUUCAUUUGGGUCACAAAGCAAAAUAGGUUCAGACCCCUUGGGAGAGAAUGCAGUCUGUUGCAAAAUUACUGAAUUAACUACGUCUAGGUCUAUAACAAGCUACCACACAAAGGAGGGUGCUGGGCUGGUGACAUACCUGAACCAAACUGAAUCUUCUACACUGGGGGAUUCCCGUGAUCUUUUAUGCUCUGUAAAGCCUUCGGGGCUUAAAAUGAUUUCUUGGUAACAGACAAGUAUUAUGACCAGCCCCCUGACAAAAUAAUAAAAUUUACACAUGAUUCUUUGGAGCAAUCCAGCUGAAGUGUUUGAGUUUGACAGGGCAAGAUAAGACAUGGCACCAAGAUCCAUUCUGUAGCACCUGUGCAGAAAUGUGAGGAAGCCAAGAAGACAAAAGGUCUGCCAUCCAAGCAUCCAGAGUGUGGAGGUUACAUAAACCAAUGUUCUUAGACAGAAUAUCAAUAGGUCCCAGCCACAUUCCGGUCUAAAUAGGAUAUUAGUUUAGAAGGUAUCACUAAGGAGACAUCUGCCUGGUUCCCUGCUCCUCUCAGGCAAUUGCAUAAUCGCUCACUUAACUCUCACUCCCAACUGUAGGAUAGACUGGCAUUGUGAUUGCCACCUUCAAAACGAAGCUCAGCUAUACUCCCAGUGACAAUUUUAGUGAAGAAUGGAAGUGGAACUGAUCCCAGAGAAGUAUGACUUCCCAAUGCACAGUUGUUCCAUUUCCCCAUAGGAAGUGAUAUAAAUGGUACCACAGCAAUGGGCAAUUGCAGGUAGCAUUAGUGAAUAUGAAUAUUGCUGACAAUAACUGCUUCAGACUACUGUGCAUGUUGCCAUGUUUAUCACUCACAAUACAGCAAAUGAGGUGAGUGAGGUGAGCCCUCCCUCUUAUGGUUAUAUUAUAGGUGAAAGUACUGAUUAUCAUGACUGUCAACUUGAACGGAUUAAGAGACAUCUAGUAGAUUAUUAAAGCAUACUUCUGGGUGUGUCUUUGGGGGUGUUUCCAGAGAUGACUGGCAUGUAGGCCAGCAAAUUCAGUGAGGAAAUAUCCGCACCUGGUUAUAGGUAACACCAUCCAAUAGGCUGAGGACCUGGAUGGAAGAAAAAGAGGAAGCAGGAGGAAGUCAUCCUGUACUUAUAAGCUCAAUCCUAAUUGUCUCUUUUCAUGCUAUCAUUACCUGUGGAUAUCAAACUCUAGCUUCUUGAGCAUUUCACUGCAGAUUCAUGCCAGGGACUCUCCAGAGAACCUCCACACCUUCAGACUCAGAUUGGCCCUGAAUCCUUAAUUCCUCUUGCUCUAGGGCUUCCAGUUUCUUGAACUGAGUAGCUACUGAAUCCUCUGGCUCCAAAGUGUGCAGACGGCCUAAAACAUCCCUUUAUUCUGUUCCUCUGGAGAACCAUAAUCUAUAUAAUUACUAAGUAAUAGAAUCUUGACUUUACUACGUGCAAUCUGUUUGCUAAAGACAUCAAGGAAAAACACCUGUCUUCAAUGACCUCUAAGGACCUAUCUGAGGCCAGGGAACAACUCUGUGCCUCUAGGAAAACAUAUUAUUGUUUGUUGUUUUCAAUAUUUAACCCAAAUAUAAAUAACUUGUUCUCAAUAUCUCAACAGGUUCUAAGUCAGACUUUCGUUAUCUCCACCCACUCUCACUAAAAUCUUCCUCCAAGUUCCUAAGCUUGACCAUGUCAAUGGAAAUCUGAUCCCUGGUGCUCAACCCAAGUCCAGAACAGAUACUCCGCUCUUUACUAAAAGGGUGAAUCUGUCAGUGUGGUCCGGUGUUUCCCUUCGCUUUAGUUUGAACUAAUCCACAGCUUCCUCUGUUUGGGGCAAUUUUCAUCCUGAUUUAAACAACGAUUUCCUCUCAUUCUUCUAAACUUUGUGUUUGCCUCCGCUCCAACUCUUUGAGCAGCAAAAUGGCAUUUGGAAUGAGAACGGAUUUCUAUUUCUGCUGCUGACAUCUGUCAGUGGCUUCUUAUGGUCCUAGGAUAAAUAAAUAUGAGCAGAUCCUGAACCUGAACCCUUGCUGAUUGAGCCUGUUUAUGUUUCUCAUCUCCUUUCUUAACACAAGUACCUGCAUCGUGUGCUUACGUGCAUUCUCCUCCGGGAACAUGGUUUGCUUCUAAAACCUCACAACAUCGUAAAGACAUCCUGUCAGUUUUUGCAUGGUGUUUCCUGUGAGCUCCUCUUUCCUCCCACCAGACUAGUUUUUUGGAGAACAAAGAUGAACUUGUUCACUGCUGCAUCCUGAGAACCCAGCACCUUGCCCAUGACGUAGUGGGCCUUCAUGAAAUAUGUGUUGAAUGAUCAUGAUCUUAAUUUCCACUGCAAGGUCUCCUAAGAAUGACCUCCUACCCGUUGCCUCAGUAACCUAUUAAAUAUGGAUAGCGGUGCUGCAGCGAAGUGGGACACGUGUGUGUCCAGCUGACUCAGAGUAGGAAGGAAGCAUCUAGGAAAAUCCUCCCUCAGCUCUUCGCUGCAGUGCCUCCUGGUCUGUAAUUUUCCAGAAUCAGCUUCCUUUUUCCUCCAAAUGGCCUGUAGAGGUCAGAAAAGGGCCUUGGUUUCCAAUCACCAACUGUCCUCUGUCUCCAUUAGCAUUCGCCCCGGGUGUGUAUAAUUAAGCAAGCCUAGGCUGGGCACAUAGGAACGGAAAUGCAUUGACUUUAAUAAAACAGAGUGUAA